AUGACGAGACAUCUAAGAUCAAGGUUCCUCUGCAGACCUAUGUUCAUACAAGAAAUCGUAUUCUACUUUGGAUAUUAUACAUAUGCAUACAGAACGGAAUAUAAAUUAUGUUCGGCAGGUUGCUGUUCGUAUGGGUCCUUGAAACCAUGUUGUGCUGACACUUACACUUACACUUACACGUCGUCUUCGUCCAGUACUCUGGUUAUCCUCUUUAAAGUAGGGGGUUCAAUUGGUGGAGUUAUAGUUUUCUUUAUUAUAAUAUGUGUUAUUUUUUCUUCCUGUAAGAAAAAGACAAGAGUGACUACAAGAGUUACUCCUGCUGCAGCAACCACAGUUAGUGUUUCAACCACUCAAAACACACAACAAAUUGGACAAGGGUAUCCAUACCCACCGAGUGGCAAUCAGUCGAACCCCGUCUAUCUACCGCCAAACAAUUUACCCGGACAACCAUCCUAUGGGGAAGCACCACCUCUUCCUCCAAAAUACGAUGCAGCUUUUACUUCUUUUCCACAUUAAAAGUUGGAUCUACUAGGUCUUUUGUUUGUUAUUUAUUAGUUAUCUUGCUAGUUAUAUUGGUCUGUCUGUCUUUUUUACAUAUAUUUUCUGUUUGUGUGUUUAUUUCAUAUAUACGUGAUCUGAAUAUAUGACCUUUCCUGUUUUUGUCUAUUUAAAUACCCUAUUUAAUAAACAUUUUGUAUUUUC